AGGAGGCGCGGGGAGCGGGCUGCUGGGUGGGAAAGGUCUGCCCUGCCCGCGGAACGGCGAGCGCCCGGGAGUCAGGAAGCCGAUAUGGCAGUUCGGGGCGGGGCCGAAGGUCGCUGACCGCUGGUAGGGCGGUGGCUCCGGCGAAGCUUGGAGGCCGCCUCGGGCGCUCCUUUCUCCGAGCCUGGAGGCAGCGCACCGGCCUCCCGGGAGCGGAGCCCGAGCGGCCGGCAGCCGGGCAGUGGACGGUUGUCCCGGCACAGGCCAGACCCUGAAGGAAAACCCGGAGUUCUGGCAGUGGCUGGUCGCUGACGACUAGGGUGAGGGGCGCUCGGCCUUCCUGGAGAGCGGGGUGCGAGGAAGACUGGAGAGCCCCCCUUUCCCCCGGGCCGCCUUGCUGAGGACGGCUCUGCUCGGCACUCGGUGCGGCUGCGGUGCGCGGGGUGCUCCUGCAGGACCAGGGGUGGGGCGUCGUGCCGGCCUUCAGGCCGGCUGGGCUGAGACCUCCUACUAGGCUGCCUGUCAAAGAGCAGGAAGCAUCGAUGUCUGCUGUGGGUCCUGCCGCUGCACACCUGCAUCGCCCUGGUGACAGUCACAGUGACUGCGUGAGUUUCCUGGGGGCCCAGUUGCCCCCUGAGGUGGCAGCAAUGCCCCAGCUUCUGGGGGACUUGGACAGGGCCACGUUCAGAAAAUUGCUGAAGCUGGUGGUCAGCAGCCUGCAGGGAGAAGACUGCCGGGAGGCGGUGCAGCACCUCAGGGCUGGCGCCAACCUGCCUGAGGAGCAGCUGGGUGCCCUGAUAGCUGGCACACACACCCUGCUCCAGCAGGCCCUCCGGCUGCCCCCGGCCAGCCUGAAGCCCGACACCUUCAAGAACCAGCUCCAGGAGCUUUGCAUCCCCCAAGACCUGGUUGUGGACUUGGCCAGCGUGGUGUUUGGUAGCCAGCGGCCUCUCCUUGACUCUGUGGCCAGGCAGCAGGGGGCCUGGCUGCCCCACAUCGCCGACUUUCGGUGGAGGGUGGACGUGGCCAUCUCCACCAGCGCCCUGGCCCGCUCCCUGCAGCCGAGCGUCCUGAUGCACCUGAAGCUCUCGGAUGGGUCUGCCCUCCGCUUUGAGGUUCCCACGGCCAAAUUCCAGGAGCUGCGGUUUGCCGUGGCCCUGGUCCUGAAGGAGAUGGUCGACCUGGAGAAGAGGUGUGAGCGCAAGCUGCAGGACUGAGCCUCGCCAGUGCCUCCGGUCGCCCAGGCAGCUGUCUCAGAUGGGCUCUCGAGAGCGAAGCCUGCCCUUCUGAGAAGGCACUCCAGUGAGGAAGUGUAACCAUGUCUUUCUCUAAGUGAAGUAGACAGCUGUGUCUUUCCCUUUUUUUGGAAGUAAAGCAACUGUAAAAAAAAAAUACGUCCUCCUAGGUAGGCAUCAAAUGGCAUGUGCCCUCUCCACAGUGGUCGGUCGGUCUUGCUGCCAGGUAAGGGCACCCACUGUGCUGGUGGGCCCACGUGUAGUCUGGGGUUGAGGCCAAGGCCUUUGUGAGGACACAGGCUGUUCAGCCUGCCCUGUGCAGGCUUUGCCCCUUUGCUCUUGGGAACCCUGUAUUUCAGCGUGCACAUUUCAUUCCCCAUCUUAAAUCCCUGACCUUAAAGUGCAUUCUAGUGGAGGGGGUGCGGGGAGGAAUGUGUAAUAAAAACAAGCAGUGUAGCCCUGGAGAGGGUAGGUGCUGCAGGAGGUGCAGCAGCCUCCGGACAUGGGAGGCAGGGCGGCGGGAGAGCUGGGCUGCACUUUAAAUCAGGUCUUGGGGCGGGUGUCCUGAGGAUGUGGUUCUUUAGCCAAGAGGAGGCAGGGACACUGCUCAGAGGGAAAGCCUGUGGGCGCGGGGCUGCGGCCAAGUGGGAGGAGAUGAGUGGAGGCAUAGGAGCAGGCCAAGGGCCUCUCUGGGAACUCGGCUCAACUCUGAGUGAAAUGCGUGUGAUGCGAUAGUCGUGUUAGAGGAUCACACCGGAUACUGUGUUGACUGCAAAGGGCAGGCUGCAGGAUGGGGGUGAGGAGUCUGGAGUUGGUGGUGGCGGCGGAGAGGGGAGCGGGGGCCUCGCCUAGGUGUCUUGCGGCUGGGUGGCUCAGGCAGCUCAGACCGCCAUAGACUAAGUGGCUUGAACAACAGAAAUGACUUGCUCGCAGUUCUGAAGGCUGGGAUCAGCCUUCAGGAGAGGUCCUGGUGAGGCCUCUCCCCCGACCUUUGGACUUCCCUCUGUGCAUGUGUAUGCAUGUGUGUGCCAGUAUGUGACAGAGUGUGUGAGCGUGUGUGUGUGUGUGUGUGAGAGAGAGAGAGCACUCUCCUCCUCUUAAGAGGGCACCAGUCCUGUGGGAUCAGGGCCCUGUGUUUAUGACCUCAUCCAACCUUAAUCACCUCCCUGAAGGCCGCAUUUUUAAAUGCAGGCUCAGAAGGGGUUUGGGCUUCAACAAUUGAGUGGGAGAGUGGUGGGGAGAGGGGAGCACAGGCCUCUCCUGGGUGCCUUUAGGGCAGCAGUGUGCAGAGCCCUUGACCAGCCCUGUCCCCUUUGGCAUAACUGCACCCCAGGUAGGGGGCCUGGCAGUGUCCCCACCUCUGUGGUUUGCUCUACCAGGAAACCAGGUCACAGCCUGGUAGGAUUAAUGGGCCCAAGCAUCAGGCAGGAGCUUCCUCUGAAAAAUAGCGAUUGGGUUUGGGUGCCCACCUGGCAUCCUGCCAUGUCUGUUGGAAGCCCCUAGCCUUCCCCAGCACCCCCUUCCUGUCCCCUCUCUGUGCCAGAACCCAUCAAGAGCAGCAGUGUUUCCUCUGUGCUGUUUCCAGAAUGCUCCCAUGAUCUUGAUUAAUUAGGCCUUUCCCUGAGCGAGGGUCCCAGCAACUUGGGCCAAAGGGACAGAGAAGAGAAGGUGCCCUGGGGGCUGCACUCAGAGCUGGGGUUUCCCGAGCCAGGCCCCACGUGGGGCUCAGUCCUGGCUCAGCCGAGGGCUGCAGACUCCCCGUAUCUGCAGUAUCAGCCAGCAUCCUGGGCCCUUCUUCCCUGAGGACAGGAGCUGGACUGGGCCAUCCUCGCUGCUGCCUAGGCCUGCCCACAAGGACCUGCACUGUAAGCUGAGCACCAUGUCUGCCUCAACCAGUGAUGGAGGCUCUCUUUGCUGUGACUUCUUCCUCAACUGUCAGGCAUGUGUCAGGAAUAUGUACUUAUUAUGAUAUGUUUGGAAAAUCCUAAAAAACAAAACUAAAAAGAACCAGAAAGCUCCUUUGCCCAUAGACAGCCAUGGAGAAACCAUCUUGACAAGAUUUGAACUUAUUCUCUGUGCUGUGUCUGUGUGUUAACACAGCUCUGUUCAUUUAACUCUCCCUGAAUGUGAUGGUCUGUCUACCGGCUGCAGAGCAUGCAUCCCUUCAGUGGGCAUGCUGAGUUUUUCUUGGGCUUGGCAGACAGAGCACCAGAGACUGGGCAGCUCCUAAAACAGCAGAUGUUGAUUUCUCACAGUGCGGAGGGUGGACGGCUGAGGUUGGGGCCGGCAGGGUCAGGGAGCCGUGGUCCUGGCUGCAGACAUCGCUGUCCUCGUGUGGAGAGAGGACACAUGAGGGGACUCCAAAAAAAAGUGGGGGGGCUCAACCCUCAUCACCUGAGCACACCCAAAGGCCCCCCUCCUCACAUUUGGCAUUAGGUCAUUUGACACAAACAUUCAGAGCAGAGAAACUUCUGUGUUUCCUUUUUUUCCGCAAUUAAAAAUCACAGUGAUGUUAUGCAACUGGAGAUUAUUAUACUGAGUGAAGUCAGAGAAAGACAUAUGAUAUCACUUACAUGUGGAAUCUAAAAUACCACAUGAACACAUCUACAAAACACAGACACAGAACAGAAUUGUGGAUGCCAAGGGGGAGGAGGCAGAGGAGGGAAGGGUUGGGAGUCUGGGAUUAGCAGAUGCAAACUAUUAUGUACAGGAUGGAAAAACAAUAAGGUCCUCCUGUACAGCACAGGGAACUAUAUUCAAUAUGUGUGUGUGAGUAUGUGACAGUGUGUGAGUGUGUGUGUGUGAGAGAGCGAGCGCUCUCUUCUUAAGAGGGCACCAGUCCUGUGGGAUCAGGGCCCUGUGUUUAUGACUUCAUCCAACCUUAAUCACCUGCUCAGCAGGGGUUUGGGCUUCAACAAUUGAGUGGGAGAAUGGUGGGGAGGGGGGAGCACGGGCCUCACCUGGGUGCCUUUAGGGCAGCAGUGUGCAGAGCCCUUGACCAGCCCUGAUCAUGAUAAAUCAUGGAAAAUGUGUAUGUAUAACUGAAUCACUGCUGUACAGCAGAAAUGAGCGCAACGUUGUAAAUCAGCUGUAUUUCAACAAAAUUGUUUUAAUCACUGAUAUCAAUAGUAAGUGGUAAAUGGAUUUUAUGUAUUAAGACUGUUUAGAGGUAGGAACAGAGAAGGCAGAACGUGACCAUUUUCUACAUUGAAUCAUACCUUGUGUA